CUUUUUCUGUUGCAAUCUGUGUUUGAUUUUUAGGCUUCUUCUUUCGGCGGGACGCUUAAAAUUCUCUCGAAUUAAAUUGAAUCGAAAUUUCGCAGAGUCUGAUUUCGGGUCGGCAAUGGAGGAUUUUUCCGAAGAGCUCGAGCCCUUAUUCGAUUACAGACGCGUUCAGCCCGUCAAUCUAAUUUUCCUCGACGACGAUGAAUUAGAUGCUCCGUCAGCUUCUCCUCCGAAAAGGAGGGAAAUUUCGGAUUCCGCGGUUGAGAAGGUUGAUGAACCUGUGAAGGUAGUGAGUGUUAUUAGUUGUGAAGAUAAGGAAGAGGAGGACUGGUUACCUCCUCCACCCAAGGUUUCUGCCGGCACGAAGCGGAAGGGUGAGGAUUCUACCAUAAAGGAACUGAGGAAAAAGAAGAAAGAGCUGGCAUCGUAUGCACAAUCUGCUGAAAAUGUGCUGAGAUCGGUAGAGGAGUCUGUGAUAAAAGAACUUAGUAUCUUAUCUGAGGCUGUUGAAGAACAACCUCCAAAGCCCCGCCCUGAAAGAAACAAAAUAGUUGUAUCUAUUCAAGACAAAGAUGGAGUUAAGCAGUUUCGUAUUUAUGCGGACGACAAGUUUGAGCGCCUCUUCAAAAUGUAUGCAGAUAAUGUUAAGCUUGACCUUCAGAGUCUGGUGUUUUGUUUUGAUGGUGACAAAAUAGGUCCAGCUGCUACGCCUGAUGCCCUUGGGAUGGAGGAAAAUGACAUUAUUGAAGUGCACGUUACCUCAAGAUGACAUGUGUUUUGAAUAUUGCUUCUUUGAGUUCAGUUUUUUCUUCGACAGAUGCACUAAAACCGUCACCUUGAUGAAUCUUUGAUGGGGACUAGAAGGGGCGUAGGUGGUCGUCUUUUGGUGCAUGUUUAUAGUUUGUGCAGUACCUGCAUUUUAAUUGUAUAGUAUGCCAUUAUAUUUUGAAAUUAUGUUAGAAGCAAGCUUCAAAGUACAGAACUUGGACUUGGGGGAAAGAAAACACCCUUCACGUAUCUUAUGUGAGCUUCGACAGUGGACCUGAUUGAGAGUAUUCCCUAACUUUUUGUGAUAUGAUAAGAAAAACUUACCUAUGUUAGCGAUGUGACUGUCGUAGUGUUUUAAACCAAUAAUGCAACAUCGGGCAUUUCUGCCUUGUGGAAGUUCUUCACAGUGCAAAGUCAAGUGUAUUGAUAAUUAAAUUUUUGGA